CAGAAAAAUGGCUGCGAACAGGAGCCAUGUGGAUUCUGUUGUCGCGGAGCGAAGAUUGCGGCCGAUUUAUGAUUGGCUCGAUAAUGGGAACUACAAAAAAGCCAUCCAGGAAGCUGACAAAGUGCUCAAGAAACAACCUGACUUUUUGUGCGCCAAAGUUCUGCGGGCACUUGCUUUGUUGAGGGUUGGAAAAACUGAUGUCUGUGACUCAAUUCUGGAGUCUGUACGCUCCGAAGUUCCUGUUGACGAGCCAACUCUACAAGCAAUGACAAUUGCCUAUCGAGAAAUGCAUGAAUUUCACAAGAUAUGCAGUAUUUACGCCAAUGCUGUUCAAAAGGAGCCAUUAAGUGAAGAUUUGCUGUCCCACUUGUUCAUGGCCUAUGUUCGUGUGGGGGAUUUUAAAAAGCAGCAGCAAACGGCUAUGGCCCUUUACAAGAUCCGAAGCAAAAACCCAUAUUAUUUUUGGGGUGUCAUGUCAGUUGUGAUGCAAACCAGGGAAGUUCCAGAGAAUAUGGCUCGAUCUGUGGUACUACCCUUGGCAGAGAGGAUGGUCGUUAAAAUGGUUGAGCAGGGCAAGGUCGAGGCUGAGCAAGAAGUGCAACUUUACCUUAUGAUAUUGGAGAUGCAGGAUAAGAUUAAGGAGGCCUUGGAAGUGUUAAACGGACCUUUAGGCGAAAAGCUGGUGUCAAAUCUGGGCUUAAUUCACACCAAGAAAGCAGCUCUAUUGGCACGCAUUAACUGCUGGAAGGAGGCUCAUUUGCUUUACAAACAACUUCUCAGAGAAGAUCAAGAUCGGUGGAAUUAUUACCAAGAGUAUUUUAAGACGUCUGUCAAACUGUGGAACAAUACACCAAGUGAGAGAUCAAGUGAAGAGGAAUUGGUGCGGGAAAAAUCUGAAAAACUAUGGCAUAUCCCUGAUGUCAGUGCAAAGGAAAUUGCGGAAUUCUUAGACAUGCUUAGCGAAGCUAACAAAACCAGGGGCAAAAAGCACUUCAGAGCGCCAUUCUUGGCCAAAUUAGAACUUUACAGGCUCAUGUCAAAUAAAGAGAUGAAACCUGAAGAGCUAUUAGGAGACAUUGUGGAACUGAUCAAUGACUAUUUUGUGCCAUUUGGAUUGAAGCCUUGCUGUUUCAGUGACUUGCGGCUUUACUUGCCCUUAGUACCUAGUGAAAAAGCCAGUGGACUGUUGCAGAAAUUGUUUCUUUCUCAUGAUCUCGGUGAAAAUGAACUCCCUGUUGAUAUAUUUGAAAUGCAGAGGCACAUAAAUUUGAUCAAAAUAGAACGCUCUCUUGGUCUUCAAGAGAAUCUCAGCAGCGACAGAAAAAUCAGUCUAGUCAAAGACUUACUCCGACGAUAUGAUCAUGGAGCAUCUCUAGAAAAAGAUGUCAACCCCACUGAUUUUCCUGUCCAUGAUGCCUACGCAUUGAUUGCGUGUCACAUUUUGCAAGAAAUAAGCUUUGACAAGAAUCAAGAGGACAAACUCGUGGAAGCUGCAGCAAUAUUAGAACAUGCACUGAGCCUUAGUCCAUCUAAUUUCCAUUUCAAGUUAUUAUUACUUCGAAUUUACACACUCGUUGGCGGAGGAAGUGCAUCACAGUCAAUUUUUGAAAUAAUUGACAUCAAACACAUGCAGCUGGAUUCUCUAGGCUGGUUGCACUGUGCCACUCUCUCUUCCACGGGUCUUCUCUACUUAGCUUCAGCUCACUGUGAAGCUGCCCUGAAAUUCUUCACUGCUAAUCACAAAGAUAGCUUGGACCAUCUGACCUAUUCAUAUAAAUAUGGGUCAUUUCUGAAAAUUUCUGAAUUCGUUGAAUUUCGAGACAGACUGCACCACUCCCACCACUACAUAAGAUGUAGUAUUGAAAGAAUGCUGAGUGAACUUCUGAUGCCAGCAAAUCAUGAACAAGCUGUAGAGGCGGUGUUUCGAAUGGACGUAUCACCAAGUGACGAUAACAUAGACUGGGAAAAGUUACAAGACAACCGUGAUUUGGAUGUUCUCAUCUCCUUUGAUCCAAAGAGGAAGCAGUUGUCUCAGGAGCAGGUUGAACAGACAUUUGUAAGGGAAGUUGCGGUGAUCAAACUUCGUCGAAAUCAGCUUCGUUGCCUUGCUGCUGCCUUUGACCUUUUGAAACCGCCAUCUACUGAAUCUGCCAACGGCAACAAUGAUGAUAUACUGCCUAAGCUCAUUAGCGAACUCUCCGUCUUCACUUUGCCUCCAGCUCCUUAUUCAGGAACAGAACUAAACUACCCCAUCAGGUCUAGAGCAGACGCUAUUCCAAGCACAAGAAACCUCUCUUCGUUUGUACUGGCACUUCAACUGGCCUAUCAGUUGUCAGAAUUAAGAAGAGAUGCUCAAAGUGAUGAUAGCAAGGCUGCGAAAUUAAUGACUCAACUUGCAGAAGAAACCUCUCUGGUGUGUACAGAGGCAGAAGAGCUGCUUCAAAAUGAUGAUAGUCUGCUCACCAGAAGAAAUGCUUUGGAGGCUGCAACAAAUUGCUAUGAGACCUUGAGCUUUAUGGCUCUUUUCUGUGGAGUGUACAAAAAUCUCACCCAACCGUCAACUAUGCCGGGAAAGAAGGGCAAAAAGAAGAAAGAAGUCUCUGACCAAGCACAGCCAAAGAUACUUCAGGGACUGUCAGAAUUGGCUAAGCAUCUUCGUGACUGCUGCAACAAAAUGCUAGACAGCAUUGGACGAUGGGAGACGAGAGUUGCUCUUAUAGAAGAGGUUUCGGAUCAUUUGUGCAAAUGGUCCCUUGAGGAUCCUGAGGGUAACCCAGAGCACAAGCAAGUUACCGACGACAAAAAUAGGAGACGAGAUGAGAUGGUUGUGGCAGUAGUGGCCAAGCUGAGACACAGUUACAUGUCAUCAGCCAAAGAACUGCAAAACUUGCUUUCCCACAAGUGCAAACAUUUUGCACUUUUCACUUCAUAGUUUUGUAUGAUCGAAUACUUUAAUAAGCGCAAUUUUUUUCUAACUAUGCUUUUUGGGUGACUAUUUAGUUUGCCUUUUUUGAUUGUUAAAAUCAGCUAAUAUUGUGCCUUGGUCAUUAUUUUUCCUCUCUUCAGAUAGGACUGUUUUAAAAACCGUUAUAAAACAACAAAGUUUAGUACCAUUCACCAUUCCUAAUUUCCUUUACCACAAAAAAAUUAUUUACAGGUUAUUUCUUUUUUUAAAAUUGUUAACUUCUUAAUAGCAUGCUUUAUUUCAUGGAUAUUACGCUUCAUAAAGUAAAAUAUUUUUGUGAGGUUAAAGAAAUUCAAUAUCAUACCUAAUGAGUAAAGAACAAGUUUUCAUUCAUUUUCCACCUAGAAAAAAAAGCAAUAAACGUUUGGAAUAAAAUGUA